AUGGCGUGGGAUCAUCUGGACAUCGACAAGCCGCAUCUGGCGUACAUGAUUCUUGGCGGCUUUACAGGCUUGUUCAUGCUGUGCUCGCUGUUCGUCAAGGAGAAGCUUUACAUUGGUGAAGCUACUGUUGCUACUAUUUGUGGUAUUAUCUUUGGUCCGCACGCGGCGAAUCUAUUCAAUCCCUAUGAGUGGGGCAAUGUGGAUAAGAUUACGCUCGAAUGCUCGCGCAUUGUACUGGUCGUGCAAUGUUUCGCCGUCGGCGUCGAGUUGCCCAAGGCUUAUAUGGAACGUCACUGGAAGUCUGUGACUUUAUUGCUGAUUCCUGUGAUGACAUGGGGCUGGCUGUUAACCAGCUUGUUUAUCUGGUGGAUGGUGCCUCCGCUGAAUUGGUUGGAGAGUCUGGUCUGUGCUGCCUGUGUGACGGCCACUGAUCCUGUCUUGGCUUCCUCUGUCGUCGGAAAGGGAAAGUUCGCUAAGCGUGUGCCUAAGCAUUUGCGUGAUCUGUUGUCGGCUGAGUCUGGAUGCAACGAUGGCAUGGCUUUCCCUUUCAUUUAUCUUUCCUUUUACAUUCUCCGAUACCGACCUGAUGCCGGAGAGGUUUCGCUGAACUGGUUUUGUAUCACAAUUCUAUACGAGUGCAUUUUCGGCGCGAUCUUCGGCUUUACGAUUGGCUACUUGGCUCGCCAUGCCAUCAAGCUCGCCGAACGAAAGGGACUCAUCGAUCGUGAGAGUUUCCUGGUGUUCUACUUCGUUUUGGCUGUUUUCUGUGCCGGUUCGGGCAGUCUUCUGGGAAUGGACGAUCUGCUGAUCGGAUUCUCAUGCGGUGUCGGCUUCAGUAAUGACGGAUGGUUCACAGAGAAGACCGAGGAAUCGCACGUCUCAAACGUUAUCGAUCUUUUGCUCAACUUGGCCUACUUCGUUUACUUCGGGUCAAUUGUGCCUGGGAAACCUUCAACGCUCCCGAAUUGGGCUUGA